AUGACUAUAUAUCAGUUAUCACCAGAAUCCCAAUGGAAGAUUGUUUCUGGUUCCUUUAUUUACGGUCCGGUAGCUGCUGUAAGGGAAUUACUAGAUAAUAGCAUCGAUUCGGGUGCCAAGAAAAUAUUCAUUGAUGUAGAUUCUACUACAGGAGGAUGUGAAUAUAUAUCAGUCAAGGAUGACGGAUCAGGUGUGGACAUUAGUGACAGACCUUCCAUGUGCUUGGAACAUACUACAUCAAAGAUGAGUAGCCUCGGAGAUAUUUCGAUUCUAACUACGUUGGGGUUCAGAGGUGAAGCAUUGUUUCUUUUGUCAAACUUGUGUAACCAGCAAGGCUCAAUGCAGGUAGAAACAAAAACUGCAGAUGACGUCAUCGGAGAGAAAUGGUUAGUUGAUAGUGAAGGUGGUAUUACCAAUGGAAAAAGGUACAAAGUAUCUUGUCCCGUGGGAACUACAGUAACAUUAAGGAAACUUCUGGGAGGAUUACGAGCAAGAUAUCUUGAAAUUUCUUCGAAGCCAAGAAGAACUUUUGACGAAUUAACCCACUUAAUAAACCAUUAUUCCCUUAUUCAUAGAAACGUUCGUUUUUAUUUUUCGUUGGUGUCACUACAAAAAAAUGGUGCUAUAGAGCGUAAACAAAUGCAAGAGACGUUAGACUCCAAGAUUUCUAGAGCUAGGAGCCUGUCCCUCCUGGCUAGACUAAAAAAGCCUGUGUCGCUAAACUUUAUUGUAGAAGAAAACUUUGUUAUUGACGAGAAAUUAAAUUUAGAUUUGAUCUUACCAAGGAUGGUGCCAGAAUCUGACGUUAUUAAUAUAAAAAAGCGAUUUAGAUUUUUAUCUGUCAAUGAGAGAGCGCUAUCGUUGAACUUGGAGACAGGAAAGACCAUUUCUAGGCUACUAUCAUCAGUCUAUAAAAAUUCGUCUUUAUUAGAACCCAUGAUUUGGUUUCUCAAUUUAAAUUGUGAUACAAAACUACUUGACGUCAAUAUUGAACCAGAGAAAAACGAUGUGAUGAUCAAAAGUUUCGAAGUGAUACUUAAGAAAAUAGAGAGUAACUUAAAGUUGUUAUUGGAGGAGAAAAUUUGCAUCAAAACGAAUAUACUGGGAGAUGAACGUAUUCAGCCUCCUAUCGACAAAAAAAUUUCUUCCGCAUUGAAGAUACUUACACCUGACGCGGAGGAUGAAAUAUCAAAAGACCGUGGUGCUAUUAGUUGUAAAGAUAAGGCUGACAGCCAACAAAAAAACCCGGAUUCGAUAGCGCCAACUUAUUAUGAUGAAUCAAACUUGGAAAAUACAACCAUUGUCGCUGCUACUCCCUCACCUACAAAACUUGGCGAGAACAAAGCUCUUGACCAACAAACUCAGCAGGAGAUUUCAAGCCAUAGAACCUCGAGUUCCGGAUCCAUGGCUUCCGAAGACGGUAUUAAUUGGCGUCAUAAUUUCCAACAAGAAUUAAGUGAAAGUAAUGAAAUAGCAGGGGCUGGAUCCUCAACACUACCCUCGUCAUUAACUUACAACUAUAUAGAAACUAUUCCAGAGAACGAGGAUUUAGAACUUUCUAAGGACGCCUCUAUUUCUAAUCCCUUUAUGAUCACCAAAAUAAGAAACGCCAAUAGGAAACUGAGCGAAAACUCAUUCAAGGCCAAACAUAACUGUGAAAACCCUGAUAAAAGGAAAAUACCCAAGGAAAGACAGCUCUCCUACGCAGAAAAGGAGGAACUAAUAAAACUUCAGCAAGUCUGGGAUAAAAGAAACAACGCUGUGGACACGACCAUUCCACAGAAUUUGAAAAAAAAAAAUAUUGAUGAAUAUAUAAAGAAUGUGUCCUGCAUGCGCAAUAUAAAACCGAGACUCAUGCAUUUUUCCGAAUAUACCAACAACUACGUCUUUACCCUGAAAAAUGAAAACCUUAUCAAGCACGGGAGCGAUAGCUUUGCCAAAGAAACUCUGUGGUUACGAUCGAGAGAUGAUCCCACAAAUCCUUCUUCCAUUCUUUUGCAAGGUUUGCGCUCGCAUGUGAAGAAACCGGGACGCAUUGAAGCCACGACAAGUGAAUGGUGCCUCUUCACACCAGACAGCCCCUGA